AUGUGCCAAGAGUCUGAAUGGAAUGUCCAGUCUUGGACGAGUUUCAGUCCUCGAUGGGAUCAGCCCGUGCUUCAUCCUCACGACGAGGAGAAUCAGGAAUCAGCUUGUUCAGGCAGAAAAAGGAAGCAGUCCAUCAAGAAGCGAGCGAAGAGAGCUAAAGCUUCCAAAACCAGAUGGUACCAUCCGGAUUACCUGGAAUUGGGAUUCGUUGUUGAACCUGGUAGCGAAGUUUGCCCGCGACCUCUUUGUCUUGUGUGCUCGCAGAGUUUGUCGAACGACGCCAUGAAGCCAUCGAAACUUUCACGACACUUCCAAGCGAAGCACUCAGACUUGUCAUCAAAGUCCGUUGAAUAUUUCCAGCGACUUCGCGAAAAUGUGCUGCAAGGUUUUCGAGAUGAGGACAGUGCAAUCACGAGGAAACUCCUAUACGCGUCUUAUGAAAUAGCUCUCUCGAUCGCACAAAAUAAGAAACCGUUCAACAUCGGCGAAACUCUCAUCAAACCAUGCUUGGUGAACGCUUGCAAGAUCCUCUUCGGUGAAGUUGAAGCAGCACGAGUGAAGAGAAUCCCACUGUCCGCUCGAACCAUCCACCGCAGGAUCCUUACUAUGUCUGAGGAUGUUGAGCGUCAGGUUCUACGAUUGAUUGAGAAAAGCUCUUUCUUCUCGAUUCAGCUCGACGAGUCAACUGACGUCUCCAAUCGGGCCAUUCUCCUAUGUUUUGUGAGAUUUGUUGAGGGCCAGUCUGUCCGCGAAGACUUCCUCUGUGCAUUGGAACUGCCGGGAAGGACAACAAGCUCGGCCUGUUUCGAGGCCCUCGGAAGUUACUUCUCGGAGCACGGAAUUGACUGGAAGAAGUGCGUUGGUAUCUGUACGGACGGAGCCGCAAACAUGGUAGGACGAAAAACAGGAUUGGUUGCGAGGGUGAAGCAGGUCGCUCAUCCCGAGUUGAUUUCGAGCCACUGCCUCAUCCAUCGUGAGCAGCUAGUAGCCAAACCGAUGAGCAGGGAGCUCCACGAAGUGAUGACCACCGUUGUCAGCAUCAUCAACCAUGUUCGCCAUAAAGCAAUGUGCUCUCGUCUGUUCAAAUCGCUCUGUGAAGAAAUGGGCUCGGAAUACGAGUCCCUUCUCCUCCACGCUGAUGUCAGGUGGCUGUCGAGAGGACGAAUGCUCUCACGGUUCUUCGCUUUGCGCGAGGAAAUAGGCGUCUUCCUGGGUCAGCAGAAACACCCCGAUGCAGACAAAUUGUAUGAUGAGGAUUGGAUUGUCAGAGUUGCGUAUUUAGUUGACAUCUUCUCGCAACUAAACAAACUUAAUUUGUCUCUCCAAGGAGCCUCUCAGGACAUUUUCACAAGUAGAGGCAAGAUGGACGCAUUUCAGAGAAAAAUUGCACUAUGGCGCUCCCGGCUCGCCGAGGAGAGCUUCGACAUGUUCCCGACAUGCGGCGAUUAUGUCGAUGAGAAGCAUAUGGAUCCUGGAAUGAUUCUUCUGUGCAUUCAAACGCACCUUCAGUCUCUCCAAAAUACAUUCGCACGGUACUUUCCGCCGGGAGAAGAUCCUCGAAUCGGCCGUCUAUGGAUUGUGGAUCCCUUCAGAGUAAGCCUCGACGAAUGCGAUCUCAGCAUGCAGGAAAAAGAAAGUCUCAUCGAAUUAUCCUCCGAUUGUGCGCUCAAGUUGAAGUUCGACGCCGGUAUCUCGAGAGCCGAAUUCUGGCUGUCGAUCAAGGAGGAAUAUUCUAUGCUCAGUCAGAAUGCCAUGAAAAUCCUUAUCCUCUUCUCAACAACAUAUUUGUGCGAAAAGACUUUCUCGGCGAUGACGGCGAUCAAGACACGAUAUAGAUCAAGAUUAGACGUGCGGACAGCUCUCCGUCUCGGAGUCUCAACUCUGGAGCCGAACAUCGAAGAACUCACAAUCAGUCAAUCAGAGCAAGAGCAGUCGUCACAUUGA